AUGUUGACGGCUUCUGCGGGUUUGCUGCAGUGGUCGGGGUUGCGGUCAUUGAGAGCUUGCUUCGGUGGGCCAUUCGCUGGUGCGGUGAGCAGCGCCAUUUGCAAGGUUGCUGGCCUUUUUCGCUGGAUCGGUCAAUCGCUGGCCGUAGCGAGUGUUAUGGCCACUGGUCUAGUGCAAGAAAACGUCCACGUGCCGCUCGCUCACUUUCCUUCCAUUGCGACCCUAAGUUGCAGACGCCGUGCUUUGUGA